CACCAGAUAACGACGAUUCAAUCGCACUCUCUCGACGCACGCGCAGCCGGCUACUUUUCAACUUGUACCACGAACUAUCCAUUGGAAAUCAGGCGUUUUGCGAACCGUUUGUUGGAAUUUGUGCAGUCGCUUAACGGAUCGUCACGAUGUCAGGAGCAGGAGACAGAGAGGCGGUCUUCCCGACUCGGCAGAGUCUGGGAAUAAUGAAGGCCAAGCUCAAGGGAGCCGAGCAGGGCCACAGUCUGUUGAAGAGGAAGAGUGAAGCUCUCACCAAGCGCUUCCGAGAAAUCACACGUCGAAUCGACGAAGCCAAGCGCAAGAUGGGCCGGGUCAUGCAGAUCGCCUCCUUCUCCCUCGCCGAGGUCACAUAUGCCGUGGGCGGUGAUAUUGGCUACCAGGUGCAAGAGUCGGUCAAGCAGGCACGCUUCCGCGUCCGUUCAAAGCAGGAGAACGUCUCCGGUGUGCUGCUGCCCGCCUUCGAGAGCUACACGGAGGAGGGCAUCAACGACUUCGCCAUGACGGGUCUUGGUAAGGGUGGCCAGCAGGUACAGAGAUGCCGCGAGACGUAUGCCAGGGCAGUCGAGGCGCUUGUGGAGCUUGCCAGCCUGCAGACUGCUUUCGUGAUCCUGGACGAGGUUAUCAAGGUUGUGAACCGAAGAGUGAAUGCUAUUGAACACGUCAUCAUUCCUCGAACUGAGAAUACAAUCAAAUAUAUCAACUCCGAACUUGACGAGGUGGACAGAGAGGAGUUCUACCGCUUGAAGAAGGUCGCCAACAAGAAGCAGCGAGACAACGCUGCAGCGGAUGCCGAGAUGAAGGCCAGGAAGGAGGCGCAGGGCAAGAAGGAGAACGAUGGUGAUCAGGAUUCCGGCCCAGCAGACAUUCUCGGGGCCGAAGAGGAAGAGGAUGUCAUCUUCUAAACCAGCCGCGCGUGCCAAGCUAGUGUGUACAUUGUGGCACGUCCAUCUACGCGCACGAACACAAAGAGGACCAAUGGGAUCAUGUAUGGAGUUAGUAUCAUAUUUUCUGCCUUACGCCAAGCGCCUGCCAGUCUGCCUGUAUUAUAAUCAUACCACCAUCCAUCCUGAGAGCCAAUUCUUGCAUCUAAUUUUAACUCGAAAGGAGAAGACCCUGCCUGUCCUUACUGCCUCUGGUAUGUGACCUUGAUGUUCUUGCCGCCGUCGAGCUGCAUGCCCGCUGUACUCUCCUUGGCGCUGAUAGCACCCGCCUCGUUCUCGUACUCUACAAAUGCAAUACCGCGCCGUCCAGGUACCAGACGGACCUCGCGGAAGCCCUCAAAGUGGCCGAAUAUGCCAGUGAGAGCCUCGACAUCGCAGUCAUCGGGCAGGUGCUGAACGAAGAGAAUCUUGUUCGGAGGGAGGUACUCGUCGGGCACAACAGUGGCGGCGGCGGGGCCGGUGGCCUUGAGGCCGGCACCUCGGCUGGUUUUUGGUGGGCGGCCGCCUUGAUCUGUUGCAGGCCGCUUGAGGCGUUGUUGUUCUGCCUCGAGAGCCUUCUUCCGCUCUCUCCGCUGUUCUCUUCCUCUUGUGCAGCUCCAACGCCUCCUCGCUCUCAAACGCCUGCACCGUGGCGUCACUCCUCGUCCUCGCCAACGCGACCUGCAUCGGCUUGU